AUUGAAAUAGCUAAUCAGUUCAUUUCUGAUGCUCCCCACCAACCUGCCAGUUUCACACCAGCGAAUACUAUUCCAACUAGCAGUAGCGACUUUACGAAUAAUUUGGAGAAAAUGGCCAAAUAUUAUUUUGAACAGGGCGGCAAAAUGUUCCGACCAACGGUUGCUCUUCUGAUGGCAAACGUGUGUAAUGCUGCAGCUCCGAAGUCGGUUAGAUUAGAAUGCGGUAAUGAAGAAGUCUCCGUCAAUCAGUACAAAAUCGGUAUGAUCAGUGAAAUGAUACAUACGGCAAGUUUGGUGCACGAUGAUGUGAUCGACGGCUCAGAUACACGACGUGGUAAUGCCUCUGUCAAUGCGAUUUGGGGGAAUAAGAUGGCAGUUCUGGUUGGCGACUUCAUUCUGGCUCGUGCCACUCAAAUUCUAUGCUCCAUUAAUCGGCCGAAUGUUAUAGCGGUUAUGGCAUCAAUCAUCGAAGAUCUCGUCAUGGGCGAAUUCAUGCAAAUGACCGAAAAAACAACGGCCAGUGAGGACAGAAUGCAGCAAUACCUGCAAAAGACGUUUAAGAAGACCGCCAGCCUUUUUGCCAAUAGCUGCAAAAGUGUAGCAUUACUUGCAGAAGGCACUGCCGAAUUACAAUGGCGAGCAUCCGAGUACGGACGACACCUUGGAAUAGCUUUCCAGCUAGUCGAUGAUCUUCUGGACUUCAUAGCAUCCGCAGAUAUGAUUGGAAAACCUGUGGCUGCGGAUUUGAAGCUGGGCCUUGCGACUGGUCCUGUGAUACUGGCUGCUCAGCAAUAUCCGGAACUAAACGUUCUCAUGGCAAGAAAAUUUGCUGAGCGAGGAGAUGUGGAUAGAGCAAGGGACAUUGUGUUGAAUUCAAAUGGUAUUGAACGAACGCGGAAUUUGGCACGACAGCAUUCACAAGACGCUGCGCGAAUAGUCAGUUUCUUUCCAGUGGUUUUUGAAUCUUCCUCAUUGAAAGUCAUGGCAGUUCCGCAGAGGCUUCCGCUUUUCCAAACGCGGAAGGAUCUGCUGAUGUGUUGGUAG